AGCGCACAGAGGCGGUAAAAAAGGGCGCCUCGGCGUUUUCGAACCAAAAAGGCCGAGGCUCUGUUUGGAGGGGUAGUAGACAACAGAAAAUUUCCCCAUUCUUCUCCGAACCCUAGCUCCCCGCUUCCCGCUCCUCACGCCUCUCGCCGUCGCCGUCCCGCCGAGCCCAUGGCUAAGACGCGUCCGCCCAAGAAGAUCCUCGAGUUCUACACCAUCAAGGGGUCCGACAAAGUCAUCAAGCCUGGGGACUGUGUGCUAAUGAGAUCAGCUGAUACAUCAAAGCCACCAUAUGUGGCAAAAGUUGAGUCCAUUGAGGCAGCAGGGUCUCGAGGCACAAAUGUGAGAGUACGGGUUCGAUGGUACUAUCGUCCAGAAGAAUCCAUUGGUGGGAGGCGACCAUUUCAUGGUUCCAAAGAGGUAUUCCUCUCUGACCACUAUGAUGUACAGAGUGCUGACACAAUAGAGGGAAAAUGCAAUGUCCACAGCUUCCGUAGCUACACAAAGCUUGAUUCUGUGAAUGCCGAGGACUUCUUCUGUCGCUUUGACUACAAAUCAGCAUCUGGCAGUUUCGUGCCCGACCGUAUAGCUGUGUUUUGCAAGUGUGAGAUGCCGUACAAUCCUGAUGACCUUAUGAUCCAAUGUGAGGAAUGCUCUGACUGGUUUCACCCUUCUUGUAUUGGAAUGACCAUUAAAGAAGCAAAGAAACGAGAACACUUUUUCUGCCAGAGCUGUACUGCUGAAAAUGGGAAGACAACUGAGAAUUUUCAUGAAGCCACGGCAGAGUCAGAAGAAAAGGUAUGCUGCUAUGGCAGCGGUGCUUGUUUUGGACCUGUGGUGGACCCCUUCAAAAGGGAACACAGCAUGCAUGUCACGACCUGUAUACUGAAAGCUUGGGUGAUCAGUUCAAAAUAAAUCAGGGAUUACAUAUUGUUUGUUCAUUUCUCAGGGUAAGGUUAAAUCUAGCCUACCAAAAUUCUUUAUAUAAUCCUAAACUAGAACGGUUGGGCGCGCUUUGCUGCACCGUUGGUGUUGUUGGGUUUUCAUAAUUUUUGUUCUCCCUCUGUUUCAAAAUAUAAGGAGUAUUAGUUUUUUGAUAAGUCAAACCUUUUUAAUUUUGACCAACUUUGUAGAGAAAUAUAUCAAUAUACAUAAUAUCAUAUCGGUAUCAUUAGAUUUAUCAUGAAAUGAAUUCUCAUAUUUUAUUUAUUUAUUAUGGAUGUUGAUAUUUUUGGCUUUGAACUUGGUUGAAGUUAAAAGAACUUUCACUUUUCAAAAAACUAAUACACCUUAUAUUUUGGAACUAAGGGAGUAUUUGGUUUGGUGAGUCGGGGAGACGAUGGAGUGUUUUUUUAUAUUUAUAGUGGUGUUUUGGUGGGCCUUCCGUGGUGUUACUCGGUGUUAUCUGCUAAUCGAUCCAUACUUAUGUGUUGAAAUUUUCUGCAUGGGCGGCAGCCUGUACUAUAUUGGUGCUGCAGUAUCACAUUGGCACUUUUUUUUUCUAGGUGGUGAGAGGAUGCGCGGGGUUGAUAUGUUUUUAUAGGCCGGUUGUUGCUGAUUGGUUUGAAAAAUUGUUGACCCGCUCAAAGCCGUGAACCAAAUCCAAAAUUGAAUACUUCAAUUAAAUGGGAGAGCUUCAAAAUUAGGGUGCAUAGUGAAUUCAAAUAGAAUUUUAUCCCAAAUGAUAAGUGUCACACGUAGGGCACGAAACAACAUGGUCCAAACGCUUAUCAUUCUUUUAUAGCUGAUCAAUGCGCUCAUAAUUCAUUUACACUAACAUGUGCAGCUGGUGGAGUCGAAAAGGCGGAGAAGGUGAUGGGCUGGAUUAAUUUGAUGGAAUUCCCACACGGAUAUA